AGGCUUUUCUUGCGUAUUCCGGCAUUUUGUUUUUCUUUUCACACCCUUUAAUCUCCUCAAACUCAUCAUGAUAGUACCGUCAAAUGCACCCAGUGGAUUCUAGUUAAGCUACAUUCAGUUUAAAAGUGGAACAGCUAGACACUGCAGCCUUCAUCAUGGAGCAGAGGAAGAUACACAUUCAAACACGAGCCGUUGAUGAUGAGUGGCUGAGAUGUGACCCUCCUCCGUCUGAGACCGGUUCUGGGGACUCCACUCCUCCACCGGUGAUCUCACAGGCGAAUGUCGGGAAACAAUACUCUGAACAAGAGCAAACCAUGAACGUCAAAGAGCUAGUCAAGACUUUUAACAACUGUUACCAACAACGUCCUCCGUUCCCAACCAAGCCACCAAGCGAACAGGCCACACGGAAAAUUAUAAAACACGAUGUCUCAUCUGUUUCCUUCAAGCCAAUGACACCAUGGGACAAGGUUUUGAAGAAUCUCAAACUUAAAGAAUUAUCCGACAAACAGGCCAUCAAUGUUAAAGCUGGGCAUCUGUACAAAGCAAUCCAGAGUUACAUCCAACUAAUGUCUACACAUGAUGGGAACCUUGAAGAGCUCAUCUUGGAGCUACGUAGCAUCGCUGACAACUUGGACAAGGUUUCAAGGGGAACAAAGAUCGCUGGCAUCACCGGAGGAGCAUCAACAGCAGCAGGAGGAGUGGCAGCUGCCGCUGGGGUGAUCCUGGCCCCUUUCACAGCUGGAGCCUCACUGGCCCUGACCGUUGUUGGGGCCGGAGUGGCUGCAGCCGGCGGUGUCACCGGGGCGUCAGCAGCCAUCGCAAACAAGGCUAAUCUAAAUCAAGACAAAAAGAAAAUUGAGAGAACCCUACAGGAGUUCAAAAAGGCUUAUGAAGAAAUCCUAACAUGCCUGAAGUUCAUUAACGAGGGCAUGGAUGUGCUGAAGUGCCAUGGUGUGUCUGUUCUCAAAGUCAUGGUGGACAAAAACGAGAUGGUUUCAAAGGAGGCAGCGUCUGCCGUGCAGCUGACUAUUGGGAAAGCGAGUGCCAUAGAUUCAGAGAAGAGUAACAACACUUCCGGCCUGCUGGAUGGCUUCGCACUCGGCAUGGAUAUCUACUUCAACAAAGAUGGACAGACGGUGAAGAAAAAGCUUGCGUCGCAGCUCGCCAUGAAGCUCCGCACACUAGUGAAAGACCUUGAUUCUGGUCUGAAAGAGCUUCAUAAGAUAAAGGAUGUGUUCAAGAACAUUUAAAAUAUAAAUCAUGUACCUUUCAGAAAUUGCGGUUUCUGAAAGGUAGAAGAUAGAAAAAGGUUAUGGUUCAACUUGUUUUUUUUUUUCUAGGUUCAUGUAAUAUUUUAAAAUGCUUAAUCAGCCUAUAUGUAAUGGUUAUAAAUACUAGAAAUUAAGCUUGUAUUUACUUUUCCUUGAUCUAUUGGCCUCUUUGAUAUUUCAUGUUAUUUUUACUCUUGAUCUUUUUAAUAAAGUUCUGUAGUCAAGGAGGAAACAUUA